UAUAUAUGUAGUAUAAAGAAAUAUUUUUGUUGAAAAUUCUAAAUAUUAAAAAAGAAUUAUCAAAGUUUUCAUGAUGGCAAAUUCAAACAAAGCAUUUUUAAUAAUGGUCAGUUUAUUUAUGAGUUAAAAGCGAUGAAUGCAGUAAUUGCUUUAUGUCAUUUUUGUGAACUUCAUGGACCAAGUAUUUUGUUUUGUACUAAGCCUUUCCAUUGUAUUAAUCAUACGGAAAGUGAAAUUGAAAGUGGAACGGUUGAAGCAUCACCAUUAUCAUGUGGAGUAUUAACGACUAGGUUGCAGAGUUAUGUUUAUGUGGAAAAUAAAGAAGAUGAGAUUAAACAAAUAAAGCGACCAAUGCAAGAGCAAUCAUCUGGUUCACAAUCAACAUGUGAGGGAUGUCGCUCACUAGAGCCUGGUGAGCUUGGUUUUAUAAGUUUUAAUAAAGAAUCACAUAUUAGCUAUGUUAGUACUCAGCACCCUGAAGAACAGGAGUUGUAUAGUGUGCUACGUCAUGCAUGCGUAAGAAGUUUAAGUUGUGAAAUUUGUCCUGGAAGAGAAGGACCUAUUAUGUUUGGUGAUGAUGCAAGUGGUUAUGUGUUCAGUUAUACAUUCUUUCUCAAAGACUCACUGUCAAGAGGGUUUCAACGCUGGUAUAGUAUCAUUUGUGUAAUGAUGGAUCGCAAUUAUUUAGUGACCUCAUGGCCAUUUUUGAUCAGCAAUUUUAGAACAGUUAUUGGUGAACUGCAGUCAAAGGCAGAUAUUUAUUACAAGAAUGAGCAAUCAGAAAAGCCUCAACUUGAUUCUCAUUUUCUUCCAAGAAAGACAGUGUUAACACCAGAUGCUUUUAGAAGAAGUAGAGGAGGACAGAUUUAUCGUUCGCUUCGUCAAAUUAUUAAUGAAAAGAAUGUUUUUGAGAAACUUCACAAAGCAUUUUCAUGGAUUAUACAAGCUUCUUGUGAGAGAUAUACAGAAAAGUUAUUUGAAGGUACAUCUAUGAGUGGUUACAUGGACGAUGAAGAAAUGACAUCCUCACUUUUGGAAGAUUUUAUAUUGAAAGGUUGUCAAGACUAUAAUCAUCCUAUUUUUACUUCAAUUCUUCAUGCGUAUCAAGUGAUUGGUAAAGAUAAUUUCCAUCUUCUAGCUUUUCAUGUUGUUCGAGGUGACCAAGUUGUUGUACAAUCUGACUUUAAACGAACUGCUGUAUCUUUGAUAAAAGUUUUAAAAGAUUUGAUACCUGCUGGAUGUUUUCGUUGUCAAGUUUACGAAGAAGAGUAUCAGGACUCUUGGCGUUGUAAUUUUCUAGGACUUAAAGAAUGUUGCGAAAUUCCUCAACAUCUGCUAUCUUCUAAUCAAAUUGUGGUUGUCGCAAUAACUAGAGAAAAGAAAGAUGAAACUGCUUCAGCUUCUCAUUUCAGAUUAUGUGAAAAUUCAUUUGAUGGUUUUCAAAUCCAUGUGACAGGUGCACCAGUUGAAAAAGAGCCAAGUUAUUUAACUUCUAUUAUGGAGUCGCUAAGCAAUGAACACAUUAAUGACGAACUGUUUAUGGUUAUGUUAGUUGCUUUAAAAGAAAGAUGGAUGGGAAGAGUAAAAAUAUUGUUCAAGUUUUCUAAAGACUCGAAGAAGUUGAUAGAAGAAAAAGACAGACUAUUGGCAAUUCUCCAAUCCAAAUCCGACGAUGAAAUUCUUCUAAAAUAUUGGAUGACUUCGUUGAGUAAAUCCUAUCGGCUGCAACUUCUUAAUAAAUCAUUUUCGUCGGUCGCAUAAACACUUUUGAAAAGUAAACUUGACUUAGUGUUUUUCUUGACACUCUUUUUCAACAUAUGUCACUUUAUACUUUAGAUUUAAACUAAAAACUAGUUGCUUUGGUGUCUGAUAACUUGAUAUAUAUUAAAAAUAAGAUAAUCUAUAAUAAAAUGAAUUUGUAUAUUUGUAUAUGCUGUAUUUUAAUUAUGUUUGCGAUUUAUAAAUUCAUGUCAUCUUAUCUCAUAGAUAUAUUAUCUUGUUUUGCUUU